AUGACGACGAAGGUUUCUGAGGCAAGCGAGUACCGCACCUUAUUACUUCCCCCAAGCAAGCAUGGCGGUAUUCCGAGUUUCAACUGCUAUUACUCGACCCCAAUAGCGAGUUCCUCUCAGUCACAGACCGGAGAAACUUCUCCCAGGGUCCCCGCACGCAAAAUCUGGCCCUGGUCCUUCUGGUUGCUACUGAAGUUCAUCGGGCUGUACAACUACCGCCGGAUUGUGGCCCAGCGGCGGUGCGACCUGUGCCGUCUGGCCGUUCUCCAGCGCCGAUACCGGGAGAGGGGUGAAGAGGAGAGGAGUGGGUGGCUGUACCCGGGUGCGGUAGACGAGCAGACGGACGAAACUGAAGCAGAAAAUACAGCGGAGGUACCGAUGAUCUGCGUGCUGGAUGCUGACAUCAACCCGGCGAAAGGUGGCACGGGAGCCGGAGAUGCUGAGACGACCGAUGGCUGCCAAGUGUGCCGUAGCAUGUGGUGGGAUUCAGGGGGUCUCUGUCGGCCGUACUCGGAGACAGAUAUCGGUGUUUGUGAGUGGAACCAUCGUGGCAGCACUGUACUCUCAGUCAUCUGGUCCCUGGUCCUGUUUGCGUUCACACUGUUCGAAAUGUCCCUUAAGAUCGAGUAUCUGGGAGGCAAGAAGCGGGACUUCGUUCCCUUCAUCAGCUAUAUCACGCAUAUCCUCUUCAACAUGUCCAUACCUGCUCUGAUUCUCCUGACUAAUUUCCGCCACAUGCAGAUGGACCGUCGCAGGCUGCGGAGGGUUCACGGUUUCCGCUGGUGGAAGGCACUGAGCAUCAGAUACAUCGUCAGACGCGUGCAGCACUUGGAGUUGGGACAUCAGCUUCCCUGUCGUGGCUUUCUGACCGUGUGUCUGGGUUGGCCUCUCUUCAAUGGGAUGUACAGCUUGAUCUUCUAUGUCACCAUGGGUGGUUCACUCUGGCAAGCGAAGCUGUCUCUUGUCUUCUGUGUCGUGUGCAUGAUAGUAUGGGGCACCUUCUGCUACCUCGUGCUGCUACUGAGGCUGGCUUUCCUCCAGCAGCAACGUCUGGAGCUGGGGUUUCUCUGGAAGCAUGUGGGUGAGGUAGAUAUCUGUAGGCGACGCCUGGCCAUGUACGCCGAGGAUCUGGGCAGCAUGAGGAGGCUUGUAUCCAUCUGGAUCAUCAUGGUUGCUGCCAUCUCAUCCUGGGCCUUCUCCUCGCUGCUCUAUUGGGAAUACCUCGCCAUCAGCGGUGGUGUCAAAGUCAAGCACGACUACUUUGUGGCGUUCAACAUCAACAUAUGGUCCACGAAUGCAAUGUUCCUUGCUCUUCCUCUGUUGGCUGUCGGCGGUGUGGAUCUGAAGGGGACGUGGUCUCAGUUCAAGCAGAGCAUCAGUCAGAUGAGGUGCGAGACUCACGAUGCCUUCUGGGACAAGAUUCUUGCCUUCUGCGAGGAGCAGUCUCCGGUCACCAAGGUGAAAAUGCUCACGCUGAUGUUCUCUGCUUUGGGUCUGUUUCUUGGUUUGCACCUAUCUAUGGAGAAUCAGGAUGUGUACAUGCCAACUCAGGAAACUCACUUCCUAACACCACCGGAUAACGCAUCCUAUUUUACUCACUCAUAA